AUGGCGGUGAAUGUCGCAGCGACACUUCUCCUCGCUUCUGGGGUCACUCUCCUGAUUUACCUCAUUAAAUGGUGGAGGAAUGUAAAGAAGAAAGACUUGCCACCAGGGCCCACCCCUCUGCCACUUCUGGGGAAUAUAAUGCAGAUUAGUACCACUGAACUGCCACAGUCUCUGGUCAAGCUCCUUAAUCUGUUCCCAUACAUAAUGAGAUAUGUCCCUGGCCCCCACCAAAAACUUUUCACGUGUUUUGAAAAGCUUAAACAGUUUUUGAGAGAUUUUGUGAAACAUCACAAGGAGACAGUGGAUGAGAACUGCCCACGUGACUUCAUAGACUGCUUCCUCAUAAAAAUGGAAGAGGAAAAGAACAAUCCAAAAUCAGAAUUCCAUAAUGAUAACUUACUAGGAACAGUAUUUGACCUGUUUUUUGCCGGGACUGAGACUUCAAGUGCAACACUGAGAUAUGGCUUCCUGAUUCUACUCAAAUACCCUGAGAUACAAGAAAGGAUCCAUAAAGAGAUCGACAAUGUAAUAGGUAGUGAUCGUUGUCCAUCAGUGGAGGGCAGGAGUAAGAUGCCAUAUACAGAUGCCGUCAUUCACGAGAUCCAGAGAUUUGCCGAUAUUGUACCAUUAGGAAUACAACAUGGAGCCAGCAAGGACACCACGUUUAGAGGAUAUCACAUUCCAAAGGGAACUUUGGUGUUUCCAAUCCUAACUUCAGUCCUAAAGGACCCCAGUCAGUUCAAAAACCCUAAAAAAUUUGACCUGGGACAUUUUCUUAAUGAGAAUGGCACUUUUAAGAAGAAUGAAGCCUUCAUGCCAUUUUCAGCAGGAAAGCGUAUGUGUAUGGGGGAGGGUCUGGCUCGCAUGGAACUCUUCCUCUUUUUGACAACCAUUCUGCAAAGAUAUACUCUGAAACCCACAGUGGACAGAAAGUACAUGGAGAUUACACCAGAGCCCAACACCAAUGCUAUCAGACCUCGUGAUUAUGAGAUGCUGUCUGUGCCUCGCUGA